AUGAAUCAAGUCUGGUUUGCUGCAGCCUGGGGCAAACUCUUGCACGCCUUUGGAGGUGGCGACACGGCAAAUCAGGACAGCAACGCCAAUCCAGAUGCCUCUACACCCAGCACAGACGACCAAGAGGAGGCUAAAGAACCUAGAUAUGGCGAGCAAACUCCUAGGGAUGAGACUGAACAUACGCCUGAGGCUCCUGAAAGGGACAACGAAGACGCCAAAUCUGAGACAUCAGAGUCCACCUAUGAUGGCCACGAACAGUCGGAAGCGCCUGAAGAUCCAGAAAAUCUCUCGUUUGGUGGAUCUGAAGACGAAUCUGAGACUGGUGACAACGAGGACAGCCCACCUCUCGGCCAUUCCAGAAAUGCCGAUCGCGUCACUAGAGGAUUCCACAAUUUUCUCAGCACAGCAUACACUGCCAUUACAGUCAAGAUCAAAGCUGUGGUCCAGCGAGCCCGAGACUAUUUGCUUUUCGCUAUCGACCAACUGAAGGAGCAAGACAUUGUCGAAACUGCAAAGGCUAUCGGUAAAUGGAUCCGGCAGAAUCCAUGGAAGACUGCUCUGAUAGUCCUGCCUCUACUUGCUGUAGUAUGCACUGCAAUUGCUCUCUCAGCGACAGGAUUUGGGGCAACUGGCGUUGCAGCAGGAAGCGCAGCGGCAAUCAUUCAAUCCGGAAUCGGCAACGUCGUGGCACACUCUUUGUUCGCAGCUUGUACUAGUGCGAUGAUGGGUGGAUAUGGCGCUCCUCUGAUCUUCGGCGGCGUUUGGGUUGUUGCUACAGCCAUUACCAUGGGUUUCGAGGUGGCAUGGAGACGUUGGAAUGGUCGGAAUAACCGUCAGCUGGUGCGCCUGCCGACAGAAUUGAUUGGGACUGUGACCGAGAGGUUGGACAAGGCCUUCGAGAAGAUCAUCUUCAACUCGAUGGUGGUAACAGCAUUCGCCGUGUAUCUUGUGAAAAGCUGGUGGCGCAACCGCGGAAGCUCGGAGCGUGAUUAG